CAUUGUAAAUGAAGACACGUCUUGACUCUGUAUGCGUUAGUGAGUGCGAUUCGUGCGUAACAUGAUGUCGUACGGCGUGUUGUGUUAGUUGUUAGCUUGCAUUUCGAACACCCGGGAACAUCGCGGCCAACAUGAGUUUUAAAUCAACGGCGGUCCGGCGCCUAAGUUUGGACGAGAGUACGCGCGAGUAUCUUGAAAUGGGCAUGGACCUGACGGCCAAAAAGAAGCGGUACUUCAGUUUCCACGAAAAAGCUCUAAACCGCGAUCGGGACCGACCGGUUUCAUUCAGGGAGCCAGAUACGGAUUUGGUCGAAGAUACGGAAGACCCGAGCGCUGCGGAAACGACCACGACGGACACUGGCGGUCAGAGGAAUUCGAACCAGCUGAGCGUGAAUAAUUACAAAGAAAUGGUAAAACAGUGUCUACUAGAUUCGUCGAAAAUAUUUACUAACGGCUUUCAGUUUCUUCGGGAAAUCGAGACGGGCCGAGCGGAUCUGACCACACUGAAACGGUGUCCCCAGCAGCUGAAAAACUUAAUCAUGUUGUGGGCGUGCUUCGUUGACCAGUGCGAAAUGGUCGGCACUCUAUUGGAAGCCGGUACUAACGUAAACUACAUACUUCCGUUCAGGGGCUACGGCGCUGUGCAUAUUAGCGCCUUGAACGGUUGCGUGCGCUGUCUAAGCCGGUUGUUGAACGCCGGAUGCGAUCCCAAUGCUCGCGUCGAUGACAUGUCAGCGUUGCAUUUUUCCACUUACACUGAUUCGGUGGACGCCAUGCUGUUACUCUUGGACGCCGGCUGUAGAUUGGAACCGACCGUGUUGCACAGCGCCGUGAAAGCCAGGGCCGUCGGCUGCAUUAAGCUAUUGGUGUCCAAUUACGCGAUGGAUAUAAACGUGUUGGACUCGACGGGAUUCGCCCCCAUACAUAUAUGCGCCGAUCAAGGGUUCUCAGACUGUUUGUAUAUGCUACUGAGUUCAGAUAAGAUUCUAGUCAAUAUCAAAGAUUACCAAGAAUACACUGCUCUUCAUUUGGCCUGUGAGUCGGCUCAAGCAGAAUGCGUGAAGCUGUUGAUCGAGCACGGUGCAAACGUGCACGCCAAAAACAACAAGUUUCAAGUACCAAUGCACAUGGCCGCCAAGGCGCAGAGCGUUGAGUGCAUCGAAGCGUUGAUCAAAGCCGGCGCUGACAUAAACGCAAGAGACGCAGACGACCGCACUCCGUUGCACUCGGCCAUUGCCGUCAAGACCUUGAACGUCUGGCAGGCCGUGGACACGUUGCUCGGCUACCAGGCUAAAGUUAACGUCCAAGAUCACUUUGGGUUCACGCCGCUACAUGUUGCAGCAUUAAACGAAGUGCCCGAGUGCGUUGAAUCGCUGCUGAACAAGGGUGCCAACGUCGGUAUCCAAACGUUUGGCGGCAUAUCGGCGCUCAACAUGAUCGUGAGAAAAGUUCCGUCGUGCGUGCCGGCCGUCGCUAAGCAGUUGGAUUGUGCGGUGACGUCCAAUUGGGCCGACGGGUUCAAGCGUGGCCCUGAAAUCCAACUGAGGUUCAAAUAUCUGCUAAACAGUAAUACGUUUGGCGAAAUAGACUUGUUAAAAUGUUUUCAAGAAGAAGGUCAAUACGAAUUACUACAGCACCCGCUAUGUCAAGCGUUUCUAUUUUUGAAAUGGAGAAAAAUCAGAAAAUACUAUUUGAUGCGGCUGGCAAGCUUGGCAAUUUUUAUUAUGUUCUACACAUUGUACGUGCUGACCGUUUUGAGCCAUGACUGCUACAACGCGGCUAAUCUGCCCAAUCAGACGAACUCGACUUGCUCGACAAACUCGAGCGUCGGCCAAUUUUUGAUCAACAAUUACCAAAUCAUGGAUGUCAUCGCCGACGCGUUGUACUUGGUAAGUCUGAUCGAGGGUUUCCUAAAAAUAUCCGAAAUGGCUGGAUACAUGUACUUGCACGAAUAUUUUUUGAACUUGAGCAAUUUUAGCGAGUGGUUGGUUCUAAUGAGCGUGCCGAUCAUAUCUUUCUAUCACAGCGGCCGGACCUACCAUUGGCAGAACCACGUGGGUGCAUUUUCCGUACUUUGCGCUUGGACUAACUUAAUGGUAAAAGUCGGCCAACUGCCGUGGUUCGAUACCUACGUUGCCAUGUACACGAAAGUUCAAAAAGAAUUCGCCAAAUUACUAAUGGCCUACAUUUGCCUUCUAGUAGGAUUUGCUGUCAGCCUCUGCGUUGUGUUCCCGUCAUCCCCUUGGUUCGGCAAUCCAAUUACCGGAUUUGUCAAAGUACUAGUCAUGAUGGCAGGUGAACUGGACAUUGACAUGUUGGAAAUACACAACGAGUCCGCUGUUACAACCAAGCUGAGCGCUUAUAUUGUUUAUUUAGCGCUUUUAGUUUUUGUGUCGAUCAUACUGAUGAACCUUCUAGUCGGUAUUGCUGUGCACGAUAUACAGGGGUUAAAGAAGACGGCGGGCAUGUCCAAAAUCAGAUGUCAGAUUAAACUUAUCUAUUACAUUGAAUUAUUCAUGUUGAGGAGUUUUUGGCCGAAAAGUAUCAAACGUAAAGCCCUAGUUUAUCCGUCUAAGAAUCGAGCGUACAUGACGGUUAAGCCGCUGAAUCAAAGACAAGCCUUACCCAGAGAAAUCAUUGACGCCACCCGCACAUUAGUUAAACGAAAAAAACAAGAUGGCUGUGAUAUCGACGAAAAAUUAAGUAUGCAGGAAAUUUUAAAAGAAGUCAAAGAACUGAGAGGUGUUGUAGAAGAAAAUCAAAAAGUUAUUAGACACUUGUUAUUAAAUGUCAAUAACGUUAAGUGAAUUACUACAUUAACUGUACUCAAAUCACCCUAAUGCAAAUGUCAAUAACGUGUUAAAUUAAAUGCUUAAAGAAUUUGAUUUCUUUCUUUUUUAUAAGUUUUAGGGAUAUUUGUAAUCAUUAUUCAUGUAGAAACCUAAUUAUGUUAUUGUUUUUUAAGGAUAAUAGAAAGUGCCACAUCGAUUUUUGAUUCGUGUUGAAUGUAUUUAACUUAAAUGUUUAUAAUACAUGUACUAUAAAGACUGUUUUACAAUGCGAGUUUGGUAAAACAAAUAAGUGAUAUGUUUUGUUAUUGUUCCUAGUACGUAUAUAUUAUUGCUCAAUAAAAGUUUAUAGUAUGCCAUUAUCUCAAAAUCACGACUGAUUUAUAUUAUAUUAUU